CCUCGCGGGUGGGGGUGGGGAGAGGAGAAAGGACUGGGCUUGGGGAAGGAGGCAGAGAGGCAGCUGCAGUGCCGGGAGGGGUGCGUGCGAGUGUGCCAGGCUCGCCCGCCGCCUCCCGGCUCAGUCUGCGCUCCUCGGCACACGGGGCAGCCGGGCCGGCUGGCCGGGGAGCAGGAGCAGAGCAGCGCCCCUCGCCCGGGCCUCACUGCCCAGGGCGCCCGGCAUUCCCCCGGGCGGGUGCACGGGGCGGAGCGAACAACCGGGGCUUCGCUCCCCGCCCCCGCCCCUGCACCCUGCCCGGCCCCCUCUCCAUUGAGUUUUCCCCACACCGGCGCCCAUCAAUGGUCCUGCUCGGGGAUGCACACGCAGCUCACGGCCGGAGGGGGGUAGCAGUCACCGCCGCCAGGUGCGGGCUCUCCCGAGCCGCCGCCGCCACUCGCCGCCGCCGCCACUCAAGCCCUGGGGUGCGCUGAGGUCCUGGCCGGCCAUGGGGCUGUCUAGGCUGCAGUUGCUGGCUUGAGAAGGGGCAACGGAGCCACCGCGCUCGGGGUCCCCAGCUGCCUGCAUGGAUGUCUUCAGCUUUGUGAAGAUUGCAAAGCUCUCGAGCCACAGGGCAAAGUCUUCAGGCUGGCCGCCUCCCUCGGGAACCUGGGGCUUGAACCAGGUGCCGCCCUAUGGAUGGGAGAUGACUGCAAACCGGGAUGGCCGAGAUUGCUUCAUCAAUCACAUGACACAGGCAAUCCCAUUUGAUGACCCUCGGUUGGAGAGCUGCCAAAUCAUCCCUCCGGCCCCUCGGAAGGUGGAAAUGAGGAGGGACCCCGUGCUGGGAUUUGGUUUCGUGGCAGGGAGUGAAAAGCCAGUGGUCGUUCGCUCAGUAACACCAGGUGGACCCUCAGAAGGCAAGCUGAUCCCAGGGGAUCAGAUUGUAAUGAUUAAUGAUGAGCCGGUCAGCGCUGCACCGAGGGAGCGGGUCAUAGACCUGGUCAGAAGCUGCAAAGAAUCGAUACUCCUCACUGUCAUCCAGCCUUACCCUUCUCCCAAAUCAGCAUUUAUUAGUGCUGCAAAAAAGGCCAGAUUAAAGUCCAAUCCAGUCAAAGUGCGAUUCUCCGAGGAGGUCAUCAUCAAUGGCCAAGUGUCGGAAACUGUUAAGGAUAAUUCACUUCUUUUUAUGCCAAAUGUUUUGAAAGUCUAUCUGGAAAAUGGGCAGACCAAAUCAUUUCGCUUUGACUGCAGCACCUCCAUAAAGGAUGUCAUCUUAACUCUUCAAGAGAAGCUCUCCAUCAAAGGCAUCGAACACUUCUCCCUCAUGCUGGAGCAGAGGACGGAAGGGGCGGGAACCAAGCUGCUCUUGCUUCAUGAACAGGAGACUCUAACUCAGGUGACACAGCGGCCCAGCUCCCAUAAGAUGAGGUGUCUUUUCCGAAUUAGCUUUGUCCCAAAGGAUCCAAUUGACCUUUUAAGGAGAGAUCCAGUUGCUUUCGAGUAUCUCUAUGUUCAGAGUUGUAACGAUGUCGUUCAGGAGCGAUUUGGGCCAGAGCUGAAAUACGACAUAGCCCUGCGGCUGGCGGCGCUGCAAAUGUACAUCGCAACAGUGACCACCAAGCAAACGCAGAAAAUCUCCCUCAAAUACAUCGAAAAAGAAUGGGGAUUAGAGACUUUUCUUCCCUCUGCUGUGCUGCAAAGCAUGAAAGAGAAGAACAUAAAGAAAGCACUUUCACACCUUGUCAAAGCAAAUCAAAACUUGGUACCACCGGGUAAAAAGCUUUCUGCACUGCAAGCCAAGGUCCAUUAUCUCAAGUUCCUCAGUGACCUUCGACUGUAUGGGGGUCGUGUGUUCAAGGCGACCUUAGUGCAGGCAGAAAAGCGCUCAGAGGUGACUCUCCUGGUUGGGCCCCGGUAUGGCAUAAGCCACGUCAUAAACACCAAAACCAAUCUGGUGGCUCUUUUAGCUGACUUCAGCCAUGUCAACAGGAUCGAGAUGUUUACUGAAGACGAAAGCUUGGUGAGGGUGGAGCUCCACGUGCUAGAUGUGACGCCCAUCACACUCCUAAUGGAAUCGUCAGAUGCCAUGAACCUGGCCUGCUUAACAGCUGGAUACUACAGGCUGCUUGUGGAUUCCAGGAGGUCGAUAUUUAACAUGGCCAACAAGAAAAAUGCAGGCACCCAGGAAACAGGAGCUGAAAAUAAAGGAAAGCAUAACCUCCUUGGCCCAGAAUGGAACUGUAUACCCCAAAUGACCACCUUUAUUGGCGAAGGGGAACAAGAAGCCCAGAUAACAUACAUAGAUUCAAAACAGAAGCCAGUUGAGAUUACAGAUGGCACCUUGUGUCCAAAGGACCACCGGCACUUAUAUAUAGACAACACCUAUAAUUCAGAUGAACUCAACCAGCAGCUGACCCAGCCGGAAGAUGCUCCAUGUGAGGCAGACUACAGAAGUCUAGCUCAGCGGUCCCUGUUGACCCUCUCAGGGCCAGAAACUCUAAAGAAAGCACAGGAGUCUCCAAGAGGAGCUAAAGUGUCCUUUAUUUUUGGAGAUCUCGCCUUGGAUGAUGGUAUUAAUCCCCCGACUCUUGGUUAUGAAAGACUAUUGGAUGAGAGUCCAGAACUGCUGGAGAAACAGAGGAAUCUCUACAUCAGCAGUGCCAAUGACAUGAAGAGCCUGGAUCUCACUCCAGACACAGAGAGCAUCCAGUAUGUGGCAAACUCUGUUUAUGCAAACAUAGGUGAUGUGAAGAACUUUGAGGCCGCUGAGGGGAUAGAGGAGCCCCUCUUGCACGACAUCUGUUACGCAGAAAACACUGAUGACGCAGAGGACGAGGAUGAGGUGAGCUGUGAGGAGGACCUCAUGGUGGGAGAGAUGAACCAACCACCCAUCCUCAACCUUUCUGGGUCAAGCGAUGACAUCAUCGACCUCACAUCCCUGCCCCCUCCGGAAGGGGAUGACAAUGAGGAUGACUUUCUGUUGCGUUCCUUGAACAUGGCUAUCGCCGCACCCCCACCUGGCUUUAGAGAUAGUUCAGAUGAGGAGGACUCUCAGAGCCAGGCAGCUUCCUUCCUCGAGGACAAGGAACCAGGCAGUAGCCUGCAAAAUGAUGAGAUCCCCGUGUCCCUCAUUGACGCUGUGCCCACCAGCGCCGAGGGGAAGUGUGAGAAGGGACUGGAUAACACCGUUGUUUCCACGCUGGAAGCUCUAGAAGCUCUGUCCGUGUCAGAAGAACAGCAGACCAGUGACAAUUCAGGUGUAGCCAUCUUGCGGGCUUAUAGCCCCGAGUCUUCAGACUCGGGCAAUGAAACUAACUCUUCUGAAAUGACUGAGAGUUCUGAACUGGCCACAGCACAGAAGCAGUCAGAAAACCUCUCCCGCAUGUUCUUGGCCACUCAUGAAGGCUACCACCCCCUUGCAGAAGAGCAGACAGAGUUCCCCACCUCCAAAACUCCUGCUGGGGGCUUGCCUCCGAAGUCUUCCCAUGCCCUGGCUGCCCGUCCGGUGACUGACGUCCCUCCCAAAGUUGUGCCUUCCAAGCAGAUACUUCACUCAGACCACAUGGAGAUGGAGCCUGAAACCAUGGAGACCAAGUCAGUCACUGACUAUUUUAGCAAACUGCACAUGGGGUCGGUGGCGUAUUCCUGCACCAGCAAAAGGAAAAGCAAGCUGGCCGAUGGGGAAGGGAAAGUACCCCCUAAUGGGAACAUGCCAGGGAAAAAGCAGCAGGGGUCCAAAACAGCUGAGGUGGAGGAGGACACCAAAGGUAAAUUUGGUACUGUGUCUUCAAGGGACAGUCAACACCUAAGCACUUUUAAUCUGGAAAGAACUGCUUUUCGCAAGGACAGUCAAAGAUGGUAUGUGGCCACUGAUGGGGGGGUGGCUGAAAAGAGUGGGUUGGAAGCAGCAACAGGGAUAACCUUUCCAAGAGCUUCCGGUCUGGGGACAAGGGAGGCUGAAGGGAAGGAUGAAGGGGCUCCCGAUGGAGAAGCCAGUGAGGUUUCAGGACUUGGCCAACAGGACCACUUCUUAACUGACGUCACCUGUGUAGCUUCAGCCAAAGACUUAGAUAACCCAGAGGAUGUUGACCCGUCUACCUGUGACCAUCCUUCCAAGCUUCCUGAGGCAGAAGAGAGUGUGGCCCACCUUUGUGACUACCACUUGGCCAAGCGGAUGUCAUCGUUACAAAGCGAGGGCCAUUUUUCUCUACAGAGCUCUCAAGGCUCUUCAGUGGAUGCAGGCUGUGGCACAGGCAGCAGCAGCAGCACCUGUGCCACACCUGUGGAGUCCCCACUCUGCCCCUCCAUGGGGAAGCACCUGAUUCCUGAGACUUCGGGGAAAGGCAUGAGUUAUGUUUCUUCAGAGGAGAGAGCCACUGGGCUUCCCAACCACGGAGCCACCUUUAAGGAAUUACACCCACAGACAGAAGGGAUGUGUCCGCGGAUGACAGUGCCUGCUCUGCACACAGCCAUUAAUGCUGAACCCCUGUUUGGCACUUUGAGAGACGGAUGUCAUCGACUCCCCAAGAUUAAGGAAACCACAGCUUUGACAGAGCCUGGGAAGGAGAGACGAGGAGGCAUGCCUUCAGCUUGGUCUCAACAUCCUGAAGCUGAUCCCAUCCUGCUACCAUCAAACAUUCACUCAGAAUCAAAGGUGCCAAUUCCAAAUCAAGACCCUAAUGAUUUCUCCCAAGCAAACCAGGCAUACAGAGAGGCUGUGAGCUGGCGGCCACUGGAUCUGAACGGGGGAAGCCUCAGGACACCCCCCAGCCAGAGAGCUCUGAGACGUAGCAGCAGUAUCCUCUCCGGAUCUGUAGGUUUGGAGAUCUUCCGAGAGAGAACCAAGGGUGCAGUCAGCUUAAAGUGUCAAGGUAUCACAGAAGCACAGGAGGCCAGUUCAGAAAGGCAAGCAGAACUCCCCCUGGGGAAGAAGCUCACCAAAAGUUUUUCCCAAAGCUCGAUGCACUUUAGCUCUGAAGGGAGGGUUCACAAAAGGUCCCCAGUGGCUCACAAAGACUCAAAGCUGUAUAGGACAUUACCCUUGCGGAAGCUAGAAGGCAGCAAUUGGAGAUGCCGGGGCCCUUUCAGCUACUGCUUCCUGAGCCGAGGGCAGGAUGAAGACGGUGAUGACGAUGAAGAGGGGGGAGAGGCCACCCGCCGGGUCCCUUGCCUCUAUCGACCACAGAUGACUCAAGCCAUGCCAGAACCACCCAGCCCACUCCUGGCUGUUGGGAUUCAGAAGCAAGGAGGGGAGCUGUCCAGAGGUUUAGUGCUGAAGGUCUGGGCAGAAGAUCUGAGUGGCCCAGAUGACAUAGACUUCAGCAACCUGGCUUUUGAUGCCCGGAUUGCAAGAAUAAAUGCCCUAAAGGAGAGCACAUAUGCAAUGCCCGAUGGGUUCCUCGCAGCCCAAAAUGAUGCCAAUGAGCUGCUCUGCCUUGUCAGGGCAACCAAGGAGAAGAGAGAGGAGUCACGCCCUGAAGCGUAUGACCUUACACUUUCUCAGUACAAGCAACUGUUAUCCAUCGAGUCCAGACAGUUGGGAAGUGCCUGUAGGAAAAUGGCGAUGGCGGAGAAAAGCCCAGAGGAGAUGCUCCUAGCUAUGACUUCCAGCUUUCAAGUGCUCUGUUGCCUAACAGAAGCUUGCAUGCGAUUAGUUAAAGUCGUGAACUCAGAAACACAGCGGCAGGAAAUUGUAGCAAAGAUUGAUGAAGUGGUCAUAAACUAUAUUUGUCUCCUGAAAGCUGCAGAGGCAGCCACUGGAAAGACCACUGGGGAUCCUAAUGUUGGACUCUCGACGCGACAUUCAACCACCAUGGCCGCUCUCGUAAGCACACUAACCCGUUCUCUCAAGAUGCUUUUAAAUAAAUAAAGUAUGAAAGUCACAUCAUAGUCUACCUUUGCAAAGCCAUACAUGAACUUUUAUUUACUUUAUGUGUACGAUGAACAGAUGUCUCCUUUCUUCUCUCUGUAUAUUUUGUUAUUUUAUAUAAAAUAGGAGAUAGAAGUCACACUGAUGAAAUGUUGAAAUGUACUUAUUGGAUGUAUUCUGUUUAUAUUAUACAUAUAUAUACAUGUAAAAGAAAUAUACAAGAAAGUGAUGACAUUUGGCUAUUUUUCUUAUAGUUAAAACUCCAGGUAUAUGAUGUGAAAUUUUAAAUUCUACCAUGUUAGAACAAAACAAUGAAACCUAUCCCCUUUCCCUCCAAGCAGAUACUUGGAGACCAUGUCAUUCGUAUUUAGAAGUAAAAAAAAGAAAGAAAGAAAGAAAGAAGGAAAUCACAAUGUAUAUAAAACAGUACCUAUGUUUUAAAAUUAUGAUUUUUAAGCAUUGGAAAUAGCAAAACAUUUAAAAUUCAAGAAGCUACUAUGAAUUAUUAGAGAAUAUAUAUAUAUAUAAUAAAUUAAUUUUUUGCUCAUAGUCUUUGGUUAUCUGAUGCUUUCUUCCAAGAAUCCUACAUAUUUAAUUUUGGCUUAUGCCAUUUGGGCUAGAAAUGUGGUGGGGGCGGAUUCUAUUGUGUCAGCACAAAUGCUCUUCACAAUGUUUCUAGAAUUAAAAUACUUCCCAAAUAGAAAAACAGAGGGAAUGAUGGGCAGGUUCCCGGGUAAUACCUAGAGUUAUAGAUUAUCUAAUUAUAUAAAAUGAAAAGAAUUAAUAUCAAAUUUAAAUUAUUUGAUGAAAAGAGAGAUCCGCUUUGACUAAACGUCAAAAUAUAUAAACCAAAGACAUCAUCUUGCCCCCCACCCAGCCCAACCAUGAAACUUAGAAUGCCCUUAAGAGUGACAGAACAUUUAGUGAAGUAUUUGCAAACUUACAAAAAGGAGCGUGCAAUGAUCAUCAAAAGUAAGCGCAGAUCCAGUAACAUAAAGCAAACCACACACCAGCCUGUGAGUCAUCUCACAUCACAGCUCUCAGCAUAGAGCCCCAGGCAUCAUCUUUUCUACAGGAGCCAAGGCUUCCAACCAAAUUUGGAAUUACAGCCUAACACUGGGACAAACUUUCAAAUCUGGAAUGUUCCAGAAAAUCAAGGAGAGACAACUACUUUAAUAUAGAAGCUGUGAUUAAAUAAAUAAUAAAGUAUUUAUUAAGUGUUCUAAUCUGGAUUGGCUGAUAGAAAUAUGAAUGCUGGAAAAAAGAGACAGAAGUGGUAAAUUUGACCACUUUAGGUGAAACUGAUGGAAUGCAAAUAAGUUGUCAGGACUCUCUAAAAAUCUAUCUUUAGGUCGAAGCAAAAGGAUGCAAACUCUCCAGUUGUAAAAUAAAGUUGAUAUGUACAUAUGUCCUUCAUGGGUCAUUUAGUGCUCAAGCUACACACACUCCUAUUUAUGUAGGUGGCUCCUUAAAGUAUGACAGGAGUAUGCCAGGUGCAAAUAUUUACAUUUUUGUAGCCUGCUGGGCAGGAUGCGUAACAAAGUCAUAGUUGCGCUCUCUCUCUUGUCCCUUGUUCCAUAGAGACUCAAUAACAAAAGCCACACAUAUUUAUAGAUGGUAGCAAACAAAAGAAGUUUAGAUGUGUGUUAUUAUAAAUAGUGUUUAAAUAAUAAAACAUUUUAUUAUAAAUAUUGGUGUUUGAUAUUGAGAAAUAUUAAUGGUGUUUACUGUGGACAUUUUUGGUAAAUAUUCUGUGUACUGAAAUUCUAACAUUAAUAGGAUGUGUGUUCUAUGUCAGACAAUGUGCUAACAUAUCACAUAUAUUAUCUCAUUUAAUCAUCACAACAAUCUUAUUGUUUGGACACUCUCGUUAAUUCCCUAUGGAGGCAACAUGGUUUAGUAGUUAAAGACAUGGGGUUUGGGUUCAGAAACUUCUUGAUUUAAAUUUGGACUCUGCCAUUUUCUAGCUCUUUCAUCUUGGGAAAGAUGAUCAGUUUUUUCUAAGUCUCAAUUUCCUCAUAGUAAAAUGAAGUUUAACAAUAAGAUCUAUUUCCACAGGGUUGUCGUGAGUUUUAAGUAAAAUUAUGUAUGUAAAGUUCUUACCACAAUACCUGGCAGAAUAAAUACUCAAUGUUAGAUAUUAUUAUCAUCAUAAUCAUUACAUUAAAUAUAUUGUCCAAGAUAAUAUGUGGGGGAUGUUUGUUUUAUACGCAUAUUGAUCCUGACUCUGUGCAGAAUACAUUAUGUGUAUUGCAUAUGUAUAAAAGAAGUAUACAAGGAAGUGAUGAUCCUGGUUCACAUCACAUAUCCAGUUAAAACAACUUCCCAGUCCGAUUCCUUGAGAGGCCUCAGUGAAACAGCUCUGGGUCUUUCUAAUCAAUCUCCCAUUACCUAUGGGUGCUCCAAUAAGUUUUUGUUUCUUAUAAACAAACUCUUUACUACUUAGAAAACCUGAAGGGCCCCCAUUCAGUAAACAUGGGGCUCCUAAGUGGGGCCCAGGUCCACUAGAGUGUAGGAAGAAUAUAUUAGAAUGAUACAUGUGUUUAUUUUUAUCUAGCCUUUUUUAUGUUUGUGUAUGUUUUAUAAUGGCAUAAUAGUACAGUGGUAUAUGUACAUUAUUUUAAAUAAAUCAAUCAAUUAAUAAGCAUAUGCCUGGUGCAUGUAUGCAAAGAUAUUGUCACAGGUAGGGUUGCAUUUACUAAAGUUUGGAGACCACUGAACUAGAAAAUAAAUAAAACUUCCUUGCAUUUGAGGUCCUUUAUAUUUAGUUCUCGGCCUAUUUUUCCAAGUGUAUCACCUAUCAUUUUUAUUAAUCUUUUAUUAUAAAACUUUCAAACAUUAUACAAAAGUAGAUACAAUCAUAUAAUGAAUCAAUGUCCUUGUCACAUGAACUCAUGUCCAAUCUUACUUUCUCUAUUUCUACGCAUCUCCUUCCACACUGUAUGUAGAAGCAAAUCUCAGACAUCAUAGCAUUUAAUCCAUGAAUAUUUCAGUAAGAACUUCCUAUAGAUAAAAUCUUUUAAACAUAAUCACAAUGCCAUUUUCACACUUAAAAAAAUAAUAUCCUAAUAUUAUCAUGUAAAUGUUACAGAAAUAAAUGACAAAGAAAGUGAAAAUUCCUAUAAACUCAACCCCCAAAAACAGUCAUUGUCAACAAUUUAGGGCAUCUUCUUUCAACCUUUUCUAUAUAUAUAUACUAAUGUUGUUAUUAUUGUGUUUAUGCGUUGAACUUUUGACUCAGAGAGUUGGUCUGACCACAUUUGCCCUUCUGCCUGAGUCUCAGUUCCACCAUAUUUCAUGUAAGUGGAUUGGCCAGAAGAGAGAUGAUUGAUGUGGAAAGAAAGUGCUCAGAUGAACAACCACCACAGCAUUAGGCUUAUAGUAAAAUCCAACAACUGAUGCAAUUGUGUCGGACAUUAAAAUUAAUACAGAC